CUCAUCACAACACCACAGCCAUCAUGGGUAUCUUCAAAAAAAAACCAGGCCUCGACUCAAUCUGAAGACAAGCCAUACGGGGUGCCGAAUAUCGAUCCAACGGAAUGCGGGGUGGCCGAAUACAGACAGGGUCGGAUUAUCAUGGUCCGCCUAAACCCCCAGGCGUGUGGGAACGACUGGGAGAUGAUCGGCCAGAAGAUCACCUCUGCUGCUUGGCAAAAGAAGCGCGAACGAGCCACCAUUAACGCAAAUCGGACUGACCGGCCGGGGUCAUCUGUGGAGGAUACUCAUCUGGGCCCUUAUGGAGCGAUGGUCCGGUGUGAUAACCAGGUUGGCUUCUAUUUCGAGGCCCCGGGCGACUUAGCCCUGACGUCUUUCCCUUUGAAAGGCACUGAUGGCUCGGUCUUCCACCGGUAUCCCGGUUGUGGCCCGUACGAGCAUAAGACGGCCUUUCUCCAGAUGAUCUAUGCGCCCGAUGCUACCAAUACUUUUUUCCUCCAAUCUUUCAUUCUGUCCGGAUAUCUUCAGUUCGUUGCUAGGGAGAACAAGCACCCGCUCGAAGAUUCCAUCCUUUUCUGGUAA